AUGGAGAUUUUAAUGGCGAUGAAGGUAAUAUUUUUGAUAGAUUCAGGGAGCUGGAACAAGGAGCGUGAUCCAGGGAGCUGGAACAAGGAGCGUGAUCCAGGGAGCUGGAACAAGGAGCGUGAUCCAGGGAGCUGGAACAAGGAGCGUGAUCCAGGGAGCUGGAACAAGGAGCGUGAUCCAGGGAGCUGGAACAAGGAGCGUGAUCCAGGGAGCUGGAACAAGGAGCGUGAUCCAGGGAGCUGGAACAAGGAGCGUGAUCCAGGGGAGCUGGAACAAGGAGCCUGGAACAAGGAGCGUGGUCCAGGGAGCUGGAACAAGGAGCGUGUUCCAGGGAGCUGGAACAAGGAGCGUGAUCCAGGGAGCUGGAACAAGGAGCGUGGUCCGGGGGAGCUGGAACAAGGAGCGUGGUCCGAGGAGCUGGAACAAGGAGCGUGGUCCGAGGAGCUGGAACAAGGAGCGUGGUCCAGGGAGCUGGAACAAGGAGCGUGGUCCAGGGAGCUGGAACAAGGAGCGUGGUCCGAGGAGCUGGAACAAGGAGCGUGGUCCAGGGGAGCUGGAACAAGGAGCGUGGUCCAGGGGAGCUGGAACAAGGAGCGUGGUCCAGGGGAGCUGGAACAAGGAGCGUGGUCCAGGAGGGGAGCUGGAACAAGGAGCGUGGUCCGAGGAGCUGGAACAAGGAGCGGAGUGGUCCAGGGGAGCUGGAACAAGGAGCGUGGUCCAGGGGAGCUGGAACAAGGAGCGUGGUCCAGGGGAGCUGGAACAAGGAGCGUGGUCCAGGGGAGCUGGAACAAGGAGCGUGGUCCAGGGGAGCUGGAACAAGGAGCGUGGUCCAGGGGAGCUGGAACAAGGAGCGUGGUCCAGGGGAGCUGGAACAAGGAGCGUGAUCCAGGGAGCUGGAACAAGGAGCGUGAUCCAGGGAGCUGGAACAAGGAGCGUGAUCCAGGGCGCUGGAACAAGGAGCGUGAUCCAGGGAGCUGGAACAAGGAGCGUGAUCCAGGGAGCUGGAACAAGGAGCGUGAUCCAGGGAGCUGGAACAAGGAGCGUGAUCCAGGGAGCUGGAACAAGGAGCGUGAUCCAGGGAGCUGGAACAAGGAGCGUGAUCCAGGGAGCUGGAACAAGGAGCGUGAUCCAGGGAGCUGGAACAAGGAGCGUGGUCCGAGGAGGUGGAACAAGGAGCGUGGUCCAGGGAGCUGGAACAAGGAGCGUGGUCCGAGGAGCUGGAACAAGGAGCGUGGUCCAGGGAGCUGGAACAAGGAGCGUGAUCCAGGGAGCUGGAACAAGGAGCGUGAUCCAGGGAGCUGGAACAAGGAGCGUGUUCCAGGGAGCUGGAACAAGGAGCGUGAUCGAGGAGCCCAACUCCACUGUCUCAGUGCCGCUCAGCUGAUCAGGGAAAAUUCCCCACAGACACAGCCUGAGGGAAGAUCCGU